UGGCAAAAUAAACACCAUAGAAAUGAACUUUCUUUUCGAUGUUGAAACACAUAUAUUUUAAAAUGCAGAUGAGCGUUAAGUCCCGACGCAUUUUAUUGUUUUAUUAGUCGUUGGGGUCUCGGCAUUUCAUAAAUUAGAAGUGUUUAAAACUGAAAAUGUAUUUGAUUUGUGUCUGAUCUUCAGAGGACGAGGAGGUUUUCAUAGAGGAGUCUACUACCUUAUCAAUCCUCAAAGAGGCAAACAACAUCUAUUUCUCUCUCAGAUGACGUCAGAGAAGCCUGCAUUGCCUGUGGACGGCCAUCGGGACGAGUCUGAAGCAGGUUUAGGAGUCGAGCAGGAAGUCACGCAGGAAGUGGCCCGAGACGUCUGGGACAGCAAGGUGGAAUACUUCCUCGCUCAGCUGGGAUUCAGUGUGGGAUUGGGAAACGUUUGGAGGUUCCCGUACCUCUGCCACCAGAACGGAGGAGGAGCAUUCAUCUUGCUGUAUGUGCUGUUGAUGGGGCUGGUCGGCGUGCCGUUGUUUUUUCUGGAGCUGGCGGCGGGUCAGAGCAUCAGACAGGGCAGCAUCGGCGUCUGGAGGCACAUUUCUCCUAAAUUUGUUGGCAUUGGCUACUCCAGCUGUGUGGUGUGUUUCUUUGUAGCUCUGUAUUAUAACGUCAUCAUUGGUUGGAGUAUUUUUUACUUGGGAAGUUCCUUCCAGUAUCCUCUACCUUGGGAAAACUGUCCAACAGAAGGGAAUGGCACCGUGAAGGAAUGUGCCGCCAGCUCUCCCACGGUGUAUUUCUGGUACCGUAAAGCUCUGGAUAUCACAGAUUCCAUUGAUGAAACAGGAGAGUUUAACCCUAUCAUCACUGGAUGUCUGCUGGCCGCUUGGGUCAUCGUUGGUCUGGCCAUGUACAAGGGCAUCAAAUCGACCGGCAAGGUGAUGUAUUUCUCCUCCGUGUUUCCAUACGUUGUGCUGCUGUGUUUCCUGAUCAGAGGCGUGACGCUGGACGGGGCGUCCGAGGGCAUUAAAUUCAUGUUUUACCCCAGGCUGGAGAUCUGGGCUGAUGUUCAGGUGUGGCGUCAGGCGGCGACUCAGGUCUUCUUCGCUCUGGGUUUGGGGUUCGGUUCUGUGAUCGCGUACUCCUCCUACAACCCGAGAAACAAUAACUGCCAUCGAGAUGCGUUCACCGUGUCUGGAGUCAACUUCAUGACGUCUCUUCUGGCCACGCUGGUGGUGUUUGCAGUGCUAGGCUUCAGAGCCAAAACCAUUGCCACAGAGUGUGUUAAACGUAACGUGAAGGCCGUGUUUGAAGCGAUGUCCAGCACUCAUCUCCCUGAUCUCCUCAUCAAUGCAUCAGAUGUGGAGAGCGUCUCAUUGAACGAGUAUGAGCACUGGUACAGGACUCAGGGCCAGCAGCUGAGUGUCCCCGGGUACAACAUCACCGCCUGCAGCCUGGAGGACGAGCUGAAACAGGGUGUGGAGGGAACUGGUUUAGCGUUCAUAGCGUUCACUGAAGCCAUGACGCUGUUUCCUGGGAGUCCGUUCUGGUCGGCGCUGUUCUUCCUCAUGCUGCUCAAUCUGGGUUUGUCCACCAUGUUCGGCACCAUGGCAGGAAUACUGACCCCACUGACGGACACGUUUAAGACCCUGCGUAACCACAAACUCCUCUUUACAGCAUGCAGCUGUGCGGUGGGAUUUCUGCUCGGUCUCACAUUCACUCAGCGCUGUGGAAACUACUUUGUGGCGAUGUUUGAUGACUAUUCUGCCACACUUCCCCUCAUCAUCGUCGUCAUCUUUCAGACCUGGAGCGUGGCCUGGGUUUAUGGAGCAGACAGGUUUUUGGAGGACGUGAGGCAGAUGUUGGAUCGUCCGGUUCCUGUGGUGUACAAGUACUUGUGGAAAUACGUGUGUCCGAUUGCUAUGCUGGGGCUCUUGGGUGCCAGUCUGCUAAAAAUGAUCUUAGAGCGUCCCACAUACACCGCCUGGAACAGAGAAAAGGCGUCUAAAGAAAAUCUGCCUUAUCCUGACUGGGCUCUUGCUGUCCUGAGCACGCUCAUCAUUGUCGCCUUUCUUCCUGUUCCUAUCGGAUUCAUGCAUUCCCUUCUCCUGGAGCGGCUCGGCCAGUCUCCGGCAGACGCUGAGGUGGGAUACAUGCCGUGUGCCACCACAGACAUAGACCUGACCCCUCUCAGCACCUUACCUCCUUCAGGAGAUGACCCCAAUCCAUUUCCCCCUUUGCUUCAUGAUAACCAUGACUCUCGAUUGCCGAACGGCCACAUUGAACACUUCGAAUCAAGUUCUGAUUUAUGAGAAGAAACUACGUUAGACUUUACAAACCUCUAAGGAAGGAUCUAUUUAAAUCAGGAGUUAUUUAGCCAUUUGUAAAGGCUCCUUUUAAUGGUAGUUAACAUCUGUUGAACUCCGAAAUUAAUUUUGCAUUAUAUUCCACGCCUUUUGUGAAAGUCUUUGCUACUCGAAUCUCAGUUUAAACCCGUUACAUGUGAAAACUCUUUAUAUGCAGCUGAUGACAUUUCGUUUUUCCAGUAAACACUAAAGCCUUUUUAAAACCUUUUUCCAAAGCAACACUAUAGUUACACAUUAAAAUGAUCAAAUAUCUUGGUAACUGAUGGUUUUGCUGCUUUAGUUAUCUGAUCAGGUUAUUUAAUCACAUUUUUGUGUGUGAACCCAGCCGUAUUUGAAUGAUUAAGUUCAUUAGUAAUGGUUUUUCUGACCACUAGAGCAUCAAAAGGUUAAUGUUGGUCCGUUCUGAUGUGUUCUGUGUUUUGUGUCAUUAUUUAAGUGAGCGUAAAGUGGGACAUCGUGUGUUCAAAACACCAUUUGAAUCAUUAAAUGAUCGCUCAUUACUGAGACCUGGACAAAUCCGGAGUCUACAACAUGAACAACUCUAUCCAUCAAAAUAUGAGGGAAAUUUAUUUGUGAGGAAAAACAUUCCAUUGGAUUUUUUUCAAACAUUUUUGUAAAAAAAUAAAAAAUAAAUUAAGCAUCAACUACAGCCAUCAUUAAAAAAAAUAUAUUUUUUUAUUUUCUUCUAGUCAUAGUUUGUAUGUGACGCAUGAUUUCUUAUGAAGUGUUUUAAAACAGCAUUUUUCAGAACAAUUUCAUAUAUUUUUCUAUUAAUUUUAUAUUGUACAGAAAUAUUUGUUGCUGGAUUUUAUUUGUAAAAUAUCCCCCCUUUUUAUUUUUCCAAACACUGUCUCAGACAUGUUUUUCUAUAAGCGAGCAUGUGACCAGCAGUUCAGACAUUUUAUGGCUUCUAGUCAUUGUGAAGUAACGUUAUCCUUGCCUCUCUCAGGGGUUUGAACUCUCUGUAAGUGGCUUGUUCUGGUCUGUAAUGUGUGUGUGUGUGUGUGUGUGUGUGUGUGUGUGUGUGUGUGUGUGUGUGUGUGUGUGUGUGUGUAUGAUGAAAUGGUGUAAUUUAACUCUAUUCCUCAUGUAAUAUACUUAAGAAGUCUCGGAUCAUGACGGGUAAUUUUAUUGUCUUCGUUGUAAAUGUCCCACGCUACAGUGUGUUUUCAGUAUUUGCUCUCUUGCUUUGUCAAAGUCAGAAACUUGAUUCUGAAGUCUUGGGUUUGUGUGAAUGCUGUCUACAGUUUGCCUCAUGAUGAUGAUCUUGUUUCUGUAUAAAUUGAUAUUUGACUCUUA